AUGCCGCAUCCUUUCGAACGCUUCUGCGUCGAGCGCGGCAUCUCCGUGCCGGACGCACGCGCGGCCGACAUCAUCGACUACCUGAGUCGAAGCGGCAGCAGAAGGGAUCGACGCGCGCACCGCCGCAAAAUCGGUGAGUGCGCGCUACGCGCCUGUAUCGAUUCCUGCAGGCCGAGGGCAGGGCUGAGGACCAACCCUGCCGCGUUGUCGAGCCGCCGCGUCCGACGCGCGCUGCACCGUUCUCGAUCAGCCGUCGAGGUGGACCCGAUGCUGGCAGCGGUGGACAUGGGCCACCGUCGGGCUGCGCGAUCGGGCGUUGUUUCGAGAGGAUCUAUUCGGUGCGUGUUGCGGUCAGCGAGGCCGUUGGCUGCAGGUGACUUCGCUGCAUCGGGAACAGGGUUCGUCACCGUGUCCGGAAGGGCGGGCGCAGCGUCUGUUGCCGCUGAUGGCGCGGCGCUCGAUGGGUACAGCGGGUACCUGCGCGACGGACGGCCGGCGCUGGCGCGAGACGCCAGCGAGGCGGCGCUGUUCUCAACCGCUCCGGCCGUCGGCUGA